AUGGCAGCAGAAGGCAGCAGACCUGUCACCGAGGAGCGGGAGGAGCUCCAAGCCGCUGCCCCGGGAACUGUCACCCACAUGCACAGAGGCACACACACACGGAGUCAGAGUCACAUCCAGUUUCACCCAGCGACACACGACCAGAGGCACGCUCCUCGCUCCCUUGCUCACUCGAGGAGUCACAGUCACACUCACUUUGGCGCUCAGACGCACACUCAGUUGCAGAAACACAGCCAACGACUCACACACAGUCUCUCAGCCAUGACCAAAGGUGAAAGGGGAAUGCAGAGCUCGGCCGGCAAACUCAUCAAGCCCUCUGAACCGCCGUUCAACAAAAGUCCUCAUCAGACUGAUCUGAGCCAGAAACUGUCAGUAUGCAACAAGCUGUGUUUCGCCAUCGGAGGAGCACCCAAGGAGGUGGCCGGAAGUGCCACAGCCUUCUUCCUGCAAAUCUACCUGCUCGAUGUCGCCCAGAUCAACCCCUUCCAGGCAUCCAUGGUGCUGUUCAUUGGUAAGGCGUGGGGAGCCGUGACUGACCCCAUAGUGGGCUUCUUCAUCACUAAGAGCAAAUGGACCAAGAUUGGCAGACUCAUGCCCUGGAUGGUGGGCUGCACUCCAUUUGUGGUGGUCUCCUACUUCUACCUCUGGUUUGUUCCCCCUUUCACCAAUGGCAGGUUCAUCUGGUACUUAGGCUUCUACUGCCUCUACCAAACCCUCAUCACUUGCUUCCACGUGCCUUAUUCUGCACUCACCAUGUUCCUGAGCACAGACCAGAAGGAGAGAGACUCAGCCACUGCUUACCGAAUGACUAUGGAGGUGCUGGGCACGCUGGUGGGUGCUGCCAUCCAAGGCCAGAUUGUGGCGAGCGCUCACACUUUGAAGCAUUGCCCCACUCACAACAUGUCUGCUGGUUACCUUGGCAACAACAGCGGGACGGAGAUCAUCAAGAGUUUGGUGCACUCGCAGGACUUCCUGUCACAUGCAAAGGAGGUGUAUAUGAUCGCUGCAGGAGUAAUUGGAGGAGUGUUCCUCAUCUGCACCGUGGUUAUGUUCCUGGGAGUCAAAGAGAGAGAUGAUCCGUACGCCCCGAAGACAGAGAAGCAGAUCCCGUUCCAUAAGGGCUUCAUCCUGGUGAUGAGACACGGGCCUUACCUCACCCUGACUGCUGCGUUCCUCUUCAUCACCGUGGCCAUUCAGCUGGUGCAAAGCAACUUUGUCCUGUUCUGCACUUAUGCGGUGGACCUGAGAGAUCAUUUCCAGAACAUUGUGCUGACCAUCCUUGUUUCUGCGGUGGUGAGCAUCCCAAUUUGGCAGUGGUUUCUGGAGCGGUUUGGGAAGAAGACGGCUGCGUUUUGCGGCAUCACGUGGAUCAUGCCUUUCACGGUGAUGCUGGUGUUCAUUCCUAACGUGGUGGUGGCGUACGUUGUGGCUGUCUCCUCCGGGCUCAGCGUGGCUGCCUCACUGUUGCUGCCAUGGUCCAUGCUGCCAGAUGUGGUGGAUGACUUCCGCCUGGCGAACCCCUACUCGAAGGGCCACGAAGCCAUCUUCUACUCUUUCUACGUGUUCUUCACCAAGUUUGCCGCUGGCAUCUCCCUGGGGGUGUCCACCCUCUGUCUAGAAUUUGCAGGGUACGACACAGGUGCCUGCAAACAGCCGGCUCCUGUCGCCUACACGCUAAAGCUGCUGAUCGGCGCUGCCCCCGUCGCCUUCAUUGUCACAGGCCUGAUGAUCCUUGUCCUCUAUCCCAUCAGCGAAGACAUACGGCUCAGAAACAGACUCUGCCUGGAGGAACUACGGAAACAGGGCAUCGCUUCAACAACAACAGAGGAUUUGAGUAACGUGUGA